ACAGUAAUGCUUCACUCUUACUGUUACUGUCUCUGGACUUUCUAACUGCUUGGAUAAUGGAGUAGGCUGAUACUGCAAAGAAAAAUGGCUUGUCAGAGACAUGAUAAACCCAUCAGAUUGAGGGAUGAGCUGAGCUGCAUGCUGGUUGGUGAUGGAGCUGUGGGGAAGACAAGCAUGGUUAUCAGUUACAUCUUCAAUGGAUACAACAGUGAUUACCGCCAAACAGCUUUUGAUGUUUUCACUGGUUUGGUUCAUGUAAAUGGGAUUCCAACUCGCAUCAAACUGAUAGAUACAGCUGGACAGGAGGAGUUUGGCCAUCUCCGCUCUCUGUGCUAUGCCCAUGUGGACGUCUUCAUCCUCUGCUUCAGCCUGGUCAACCCUGUCUCCUUUGAAAACAUCACCUCCAAAUGGAUCCCUCAGAUACGAGCCGGAAACCCGACCUCUCCCAUAGUCCUGGUUGGAACUCAGUUAGACCUUUGCACCAAUGUGGACGUCCUGGUUCACCUGGACCAGCGAGGCACCAGCCCAGUGCUCUUUAACCGGGCAAGAAGGCUGGCACACAGGAUCAGAGCUCUUGACUAUCUGGAGUGUUCAGCCCUGACACAACAUAACCUCAAAGAUGUGUUUGACCGUGCUGUAUCUGCUGCCAUCAAGCACAAGCACACUGGCAACACAUCUAAAAAGCACAGCCUGCUUAAACGUUUAAAGACUUUUUGUGAUGGUCGAUGGAGGAAAAUCUUCAGAUUCAUCUGAUGUGGAAUCAAAGAGCGAAUUUAAUGUGCUCUGCUUGGUGGACACGGUCUGUUUGGGGACUCUUAUGACAAUUCAUGCAUUUCUAUCUGAAUAUUUCUCUACAGGAUGUGAUUUGUGCACUAAAACACAUGGAAUGAAAUGUGAUAAUCCUAUAAAAAAAUGUACUGCACAAUGAACG